AUGGAUAUUGAUGUGUUUAGUGAUUGGGAGACAUCAAAAUUCGAAGAUGAAACCAUACUGCCCCCUGGGUUUAGGUUUCAUCCAACUGAUGAAGAGCUCAUCACUUACUACCUCCUCAAGAAGGUCCUUGACUCCAAUUUCUCCUGUGUCGCCAUUUCUCAAGUUGAUCUCAACAAAUCUGAGCCUUGGGAGCUUCCUGCAGAGAAGGCCAAAAUGGGUGAAAAGGAGUGGUACUUCUUCACACUAAGAGAUAGGAAGUACCCAACGGGACUGAGAACAAACAGAGCAACAGAAGCUGGUUACUGGAAAGCAACUGGUAAAGACAGAGAGAUCAAAAGCUCAAAGACAAACUCACUUCUCGGGAUGAAGAAAACUCUUGUCUUUUACAAAGGCAGAGCUCCUAAAGGUGAAAAAAGCUGUUGGGUCAUGCAUGAGUAUCGUCUUGACGGAAAGUUCUCUUACCAUUACAUUACUUCCUCCGCUAAGGAUGAAUGGGUUCUCUCCAAAGUUUGUCUGAAAAGCAGCUUUGUCAGUAGAGAGACGAAGUUGAUCUCUUCUCCUUCAGUUUCCUUCGCCGGAGAGUUCUCCUCCGGUGUCAGUUGCUCAGCUUCCUCCGUAUCUGUAAUUGCUCCGGUCAUUGAUGCCUUUGCGACUGAGCACGUGUCCUGUUUCUCCAAUACCUCCUCUGCAUCUCAUGUUGAUGCGAGCUUUCCUACUACGUAUCUUCCCGCUCCACCACCGUCUCUGCCACGUCAGCCUCGCUGCAUCGAAGAUGACGUGGCGUUUGGUCAGUUGAUGGGACUGGGAUCUUCUGGACAGUUCAACAUCGACGCAGCGUUCUUACCGAAUCUACCUUCUCUGCCUCCGACGGUUCUUCAUCCUCCUCCUCAGUCCUACGCACUGUACGGUGGCGCCGCCGUGAGUAGCUGGCCGUUUGCUCUCUAA